GGUGCUGCGGGUCCAGCAGGAAUGCAAGGGGAGAGAGGAAGGAGUGGCCCAACUGGACCUGUGGGGAAACGUGGUGAAUCUGGACAUAUUGGGAAAGCAGGACCACAGGGUCCUAUGGGGAUCACUGGAGCUCCAGGAUUCCCAGGUAGUCCAGGUAUAAAGGGGCAACCAGGGCCCCCAGGAGCACGAGGGACAGGGGGCCAGCAGGGACCAAGAGGGGAGGCCGGACGCGUGGGAUUGGCUGGAGCUACGGGCAUUCAGGGUCCAACAGGGACAGAGGGUGCUGUCGGAGCCAAAGGACCAUCCGGAGCUCCAGGUAUCCAGGGUCUGACUGGACUGCUUGGCCCCGCGGGGCCCCCCGGACCACAGGGAACCACUGGACUGCCCGGGCCUAAGGGCCAACUGGGUGAUUUGGGCAUUACCCGAUUCAAAGGAGAGGCUGGAUUCAAAGGAGAAUCUGUAAGAUAUACAACCUGUCAUAAUGAAUCUCACUAA